AUGGAGUUUUCAUCAGUAUUCCAUGACGCCUUGCGCAGUCAAAAACGCAAAGGUAUUCACAAGUCCUCAAUCGCAAGUAAUUAUAAAGACAACCCGCUGGCUACGUUGGCACUGAACAUAGUUAAGAGGGAUACAGAAAAGGCGGCAUUGCUAAGAUUAAAGGGGUUUGACAGGGUGGACAUUGAGAGGUCUAGAGGAAAGCACUCCGUAGUAUGCAGGCACUGGCUCAAAGGAAUGUGUAUGAAGGGUGAAUUCUGCGACUUUCUGCACCAACUGGUAUAUUCAAGAAUGCCGCCCUGUAAAACCGUGGAAAAGAGUUCAUUCUGUACUGAUAGACUGAAGGGAUGUUGCAUAUUCAAGCACCUGGACGAAGAUGCUUUCGAUGGUGCCAGUUUUAAGGAAAUUAACAAGGAGAGGGACAUUCCACAGGAACUAUCAUACUUCAAAAACCCAGAAAGGUUCACUCAAGCUUUCAAUGUGGCCAUACUUUACGCCUUCCCUAGAAUUGUAGAAUAUGCAUAG